AUGGCUUUCUCCAAAGAACAGCAGCAGGCCGCAGUCUCCCAGUGGGAGUCGCUGGCGCCACACAUCGAGGACCACGUCAAGGAGCUCAACGAAACGUUGAAGGCCAACACAUACGUGGCGGGCACGGGGGUGCACACGGACGCAGACGUGAAGGUGUUCAAGGCUGUCCUGCCAUUGGCGACGGCGACGCUGGUGAAGGACGUCGCUGCGAACAGACACAUCUUGAGAUGGAUUGACUUGCUGCAGAACACCGUUCCUGGCCUCAGCGAGUCGAAGCUCGCUCUUGACCUGGACGCAGCACUGCCAAGAGAGAUCAAGGAGAAGCCGAAGAAGAAGGAGGCGGAGGGUGCUGCGGUAGCAGCACAGGGCAAGAAGAAGGACGCCGGGGGCGCCGCAGAGGCGGCCGCAGCGGCCGAUGCCGCUGUUCCUAAGGGCAAGCCUGUCGACGCCGAGGCCAUGGCCAAGGCCAAGGCUGCGAAGGAGGCCAAGAAGGCCGCCAAGGCGAAGCUGAGAGCACAGCAGGAGGCGGAGGCCAAGGCGUCGCAGGCCGGGCCUAGCCCCUCGAUGAUCGACUUGAGAGUCGGGUACAUCGAGAAGGCCGUCAAGCACCCGGACGCGGACGCCUUGUACGUGUCCACGAUCCAGAUGGGCGACGAGGACGGCCCAAGAACAGUCUGCUCCGGCCUCGUCAAGCACUUCCCGUUGGAGGCCAUGCAGCAGAGAUACGUCAUUGUCGUCGCCAACUUGAAGCCCGUCACCAUGAGAGGCAUCAAGUCCAGCGCCAUGGUUCUCUGCGCCUCCAGCCCAGAGGGCAAGGUUGAGUUUGUCAACCCGCCAGCAGGCAGCCAGCCGGGCGACAAGAUCUUCUUCGAGGGCUACGACGGCGUCCCGGAGAAGGUCCUUGCGCCAAAGAAGAAGAUCUGGGAAACCGUCCAGCCUCACUUCACCACCAUCGACGACUUCACCGCCGUCUACAGGGAGGAAGGCAAGCCCGACGCCAAGCUCGUCAACAAGAACGGCGAGCCAUGCAAGUGCUCCACCAUCGUCGGCGCCGAGAUCACCGCCGGUAUGAAGCUCGUAUCCAAGAUGACCAACAAGCAGGGCGGCAGCGUCGUGCUCGUGCCCGAAGACGCAGACGACCUGUGGACGCUGUACAACCUCAUCUCCAAACACGACGAAGUGUCGCUCAAAACACAGAGAAACGUCAGACCCAUAGGCUCUUCCGGAGUGCCCAUUCCUGGAGCCCCGGCACAGAAGAAAAUUGUGAAGUUGACCCUGGAUGUGCUGGACAUAGACUUCGUGGCGUCCGAACGGGAGCUAAGAAUCAAGGGCAGGACGCUGAACGCACUAGCCGACGUGCCGCUGGGGUCCCACCACACCGCCACGGUGAUGCUAAAGGAGUCCGUCAAAGUCCACAAGGACCACUGGGACCAGCACUACGAUGACCUGGUGGAGGCGGCAUGCUCGUUGGGGUCGAAGGCGGAGGUCGGAGCCAUAGUUCUCGAAGAAGGCGUCUCCCACGUGUGUCUUAUAACCGACUCGAUGACGAUACUACGCAACAAGAUAGAGAAAAGCAUUCCGAAGAAGAGAAGGGGCGACUCCUCAGCCCAUGACAAGGCCUUGGACAAGUUCCUGACGAACACCGCCCUGUCGGCGAUCAGAAACUUGGACCUGCUCAACUUGAAGGCAAUCAUCAUCGCGUCUCCCGGUACGCUUGCGGCCCAGUUGAUGAAGAUAAUCUACCAGGAGAUUGACAAGACGGGAGACAAGGAGCUCAUAAGGUGCAAGUCGAAAUUCCUCACGGCGUCGAGCAGUACAGGCUUUUUGCAGGGUCUUGAGGAGGUGAUGAAGGACCCAACGAUCAAGAAGCAGCUUGCAGACACAAAGGUGCAGCGGAAUGUCGCAUUGUUUGACGAGUUCACGAGACAUUUGAACAACGACGACUCCAAGGCCUUCUACGGCGAAAGAGAAGUGGAGAAGGCUGUAGAAAUAGGCGGGGCAGUCAAGGUGUUGCUGAUAACGGACUCGCUAUUCAAGAACGACGACGUCCAGAAGCGGAAACACUACAUCGACCUCGUGGAGAAGGUGAAGCACGACGCUGGCGAGGUCUCCGUCUUCUCCAGCUUGCAUGACUCGGGCAAGCAGCUCGACCAGUUGACCGGUAUUGCCGUCAUCCUGAACUACCCUGUUCCCGACAUAGAAGACGACGACGAUGAGGACGACGACGGCGUCUACGUCUCCGACUAG